CCAAUCUCAAAAACUCAGUUUCUAGAUCUAGGAUUUCUCAAAUCCUUAACAAAUGUACAAUGGAAUUGGAUUUGUUGACCUCACCAAGAAACCCAACAGGGACAUCCUCGACCAUGAUUGUACGCAUCAGAUUGAGCUCAAGCUUGUUGUCAUGGAGGACAAACUCACGAAGUGGAAAAGAGGUUUCAAGGAAAGGAGCCAUUGCGAUCGUGUCAGAGGCAAGCUUGAGGAGAAACGGACCUCGAUCCAGGUUACAGUGAGGAUUCGUCACCUUGAAACUUGUUUGGGGUCUUCUUGGAUUGUGAAAUGGAUGGUGAGGGGGAAAUGGACCCAGAUCUAGGUUAUCCAAAGAGGAUUCGUGAAAUGGAUAGUGAGAGGAUCGUGAAACUUGUCAGCUCGUUUUCUUGCUCAUAACUGAUCUCAUCUUCUUCCUUUGUCACCAUCUUUUUCAUGCCAUGAAUACUGUUGCUUCUCUUUAGCGAAUUGGCCAAAUGCUUACCCUUUUGGUUCUUGAUCCUUCGUAGCAUUGCCGUUCUCCAUGCUCUUCUCAACCCAAUCACACAUGCCAUGGUUUUAUCAGCUGCAAUCGUAAUUCUCUUGUACUGGAGAAAGAUUUCUCUAGAAGAAUAAGAACUGGGUUUUUGA